UGUCAUCUUCCUGAUGGUGACGAUGUUCAAGAUGGUGAAGCACUCCACCUCCAUGAAACCCGACUCGACCAGGCUGGGGGGGAUCAGGUCGUGGGUGUUGGGAGCGUUUGCCCUACUUUGUCUGUUGGGCCUCACCUGGUCCUUUGGCUUGCUCUUCCUCAAUGAAUCGUCCAUUGUGAUGGCUUACCUCUUCACUAUCUUCAACACUCUGCAAGGGAUGUUUAUCUUCAUCUUCCACUGCCUCCUCCAGAAAAAGGUCCGCAAAGAGUACAGCAAAUGUUUCCGUCAGUCCCAGUGCUGCGGCGCGCUGCCAUCAGAAGGCCCCCACAGCGCAGCCAAGACCGCCACGUCUCGAUCCACGGCCCGCUACUCAUCUGCAACACAGAGCCGCAUCAGGCGGAUGUGGAACGACACGGUGAGAAAGCAGUCGGAGUCAUCCUUUAUCUCAGGAGACAUAAACAGCACCUCCACGCUCAACCAGGGGAUGACUGGCAACUACCUCCUAACUAACCCUCUCCUCCGAACCCACGACACUAACCCUUAUAACAACCUGCUGGCAGAAACGGUGGUGUGCAACACCCCCUCUCCACCGGCCUUUCACUCCCCAGGACAGCACUCUCUGAGCAACAGCAGGGACAUCAGUGCCAUGGACACCCUCCCCCUCAAUGGCAAUUUCAACAACAGCUACUCCCUGCGCGGCGAUGACUAUGAGACUGUGGGCGUCAGAGCCACGGGUGACCUGGGGGGUCUCCACCUUGACGAUGCCGCCUUCGAGAAGAUGAUUAUAUCUGAGAUUGUCCACAACAACCUAAGGCCCCGUGGGGCCCCAAAAGGCCGCGACACCCCAAGGGAGCAGGACAGAGCCUUGCCUCCGCAGACCAGGGUGACAGUGGACCGAGGUGGGGGUGACAGCGGCAGCGAGGAUGACGCCAUCGUGGCAGAUCACGCCGAGGCAUCACCCCCCCAGAUAGGAAGUGGACGAGGAGGCCACGCCACCCUGGAGCUGCUCCUGCACCCCCACCACAAGGAGGUGUUGGAGGCCCCUCUUCUGCCCCAGAGGACUCACUCUCUGCUCUACAGCGCCCAGAAGGCCCCCAGGCGCCUGGAGGGGCCGGGCGGCAAUGGCUCUGAGACUGUUACUGCAUUGGAGGACAUGGGCUCCCACUCACCCAACAAUAACAGAGACUCCCUUUACACCAGCAUGCCAAACUUGAGAGACACACCCUCGCCCUCAGCUUCGCCGUACCCCCCUGAGGAGGAAGAGGAGCUCUCCCCCUCACCUCGAAGCGAGAGCGAGGACGCGUAUCACAAAAGCAUGCCUGAACUCGGUGAUGCGCCGCAGCCCAUGUCCUACUACCACAUAAACCGAGGCACCAGCGACGGAUGCAUCCUCCCGCCCAACAAUGAAGACUGUGCGCAGGAAGGAGAGGCACCCAGCGACGGACAAAUGCAGCUCAUUACCAGCCUCUGAUUCGGCACUCUUUGUUUGCACAGGUUUGAACAGAUGGCUGCUUUUCCAUUGAUGUCAAGAGAGCUGGCAAGUCUGGCUCCGCACUCCACAUGCCCUUUCUCUUAGGACAGGAAGUGAAAUGUUGUUGGGUGGGAAAACAAAUGAAGAAAUGACUUUUGCACACAGAUACCAUUAACACACAAGACACAUUCAUCUGAGGCCAGGCAAAUGUGGACUGUGAGAGCUCUGCUGUUGGACUAAAGAGGUGCAGAGAAUAACACGCUGUCAGAGAAAAGUCUGGCCUUUCUGUUGUACUGUACUGUCGAAGAAUAAGGGAUUUAAAAAAAAUACUCCAAGCAAAGAACUAUGAAACUCCUGACAUAUCCUUUGGGGACUUUGCAGAACCAGGGUCUUUUUAGUCAUGAAGUACAGAACUAGAGCUAGUGUGGCUCCACUACACAGUCAAGACUCUAAAGUUAAGAAACCACUAAUUCAGACUCAGGCCUUAUAUUUUCUCUAUUGCACAUUUAACUGUUGUCAAAGUAACAGCUAAAGAAAAUAUAUUUUGCUGUACCACUAGUGUAAAAAGUCAAAAGAAGAAAGAAGAAAGAAAAACUAAAGAAAAAAAGGCAACCAUUCAGUAGUUAUGCCCUUUCAAUGUCAAUAAGAUUAUUCAGACAAGAUUACUCAAAGUCGUGGAAAUGUACUUUUUCCUCUCACACUUGACUCAUUGACGUAUUAUGUAAAAAAAAAAAAAAAAAAGUUUUGCCAGAUAUCAGUCCAUAUGGAAUCAUGCUCUCGUAUCUGCUUGUGAAGUGCUUUUGCUUUCAUGAAUGAUGAGUUUUUGCCAGUAGUACAUUUGUUAACACCGGGCCAUGCACAGAUUUGGAGUCAAUUGGAAACUUGUGUAAUUUAUUUUACUUGAAAGAAAUCGUCAGCUUAAAGACUUAUGUUCACAUCAAUGCGAUAUUGCAGUUUUUGCGGACUUAUUUCCUCCUUCGACACUAAUUAAUUUAUUAACUGAACUAUUCAGAAAAAAUGGAAAAAAAGAACAUGGUUGGAAAGUGUGAAAAGUUGUUGCAGCACUGGUUAGGUUCAUUUUAUUUCUUUUGUAAGAGCCCAUCAUCAGCUGAUAUUUAAUUCAACUCCUGUUUGAUAUCAAAUAAAUGUGAAUUUUUUCUUGUU